GACGUGUUUCUCUCGGUUCAUCGUGACUUGAUUCAAAUGUUGGAUCGCUCUUCUCAUCUCUGCGGUUCUGUUUCUCUCUCUCUUUGUGUAAUUAUAGAUUACACAUUCGGCAUAUGAUGAUUAUAGGACACUUAUGAAUUCACAAUAAAACAGAUUACAUGAGUAUAGAAGAAUAUUUUGAAGAAGAUGAAGAACCACCUUUACUGCUCUGCUCCUGUCUGUCUGAUUCUGCUGGAGUUAUGGGGGACAUUAGCGGCGCAGUGUCGGUGGGAGGACGGGUGUGCAUGUCCGCUCUGUCCAGCUGGGCAGGAGCCCACCACGGCUUGUGGGGAAGUUGAGGGUCCCAUUAAGGUUCCCAGUGAGGCCGGACUGUGCCAGACUUGCCCAGCAGGCACCUUCUCUGAUAACCGUGACACUGAGCCGUGCCGCCCACAUAUCUCCUGCAGUGGACUCAACCGCUGGAUCUCGACCGCACCGACCUCAUACUCUGACGCCGUGUGUGGAGGAUGCCUUCCCGGGUUUCACCCUGCUGCUAAACGGAAGUCCUCCACCCUCCACGCCUGCGUCAGGAAGCCAUACAGCCGUCGGAGACGUAACGUUGUUAGGAGCACCCCUAGCAAGUCUGGAGUGGGAGGUGCAAACUCCACCAAUGUUCAAAGUCCAGAGGAGAAGAGCACGGAAUAUGCUGUGUUUGCACUAGUGCCCAUCUUCUGUGUGAUGGGCCUGCUGGGAAUUUUCAUCUGCAACCUGCUCAAGAAGAAGGGAUACCGCUGCAAUGCAGAGAAAGAGGGCAUAGACGCAGAAGCCGCCACUCCGCAGAAAGAAGGAAACCCUUGUCCAUACAUCGUUGAUGACCCCAAUGAAGACACCAUAAGCAUUCUGGUGCGGCUCAUCACGGAGAAGAAAGAAAACGCUGCUGCUCUGGAAGAACUUCUGCAGGAAUAUGAGGAUAAACAGAUGGCCCUCAACAAGAGCUCAUCCAUCAAGUUUCCGGCUCUUCCUCAUUUCUCCCAGUUCCGUUCGUUGCCCCGGCUGUGUACCCACCAGCAUCAUUUGCACACUAUAAACGGGCUGGCCACACGCUCCGGGCUCUGCUGUUCCCGCUGCAGUCAGAAGAAAUGGCCCGAGCUGCUGCUGCCCGCCCUGGCGCUGCCCGCCGAUACGCACAAGAGCCCUACUAACGUGGUCAAGACGCCAGAGGUCACCAUCCUGUCUGUAGGAAGGUUCCAAGUUGCUCAGAUCCCAGAAAUGAAGUCAGCAUCCAAGGAAGUGACCCAACCGGAAUCGAGCGAUACCGACUCCAUGGACAGCGGCCACACCGAGCUGGCGGAAGAGCGCUCACUGCUGGGCGUGUCCUGUUCCUCUAAUUCCUCCUCCUCAAAGUGCAGGCAGGAGAUGAACAUAUGAAAGGUUGGAGAAGGACAUCCACUGACAGGACGCGACCCUUAUGCGGAUGACAUCAUCCUUAGGCGACCGAUCAGGGCAGAUAUGUGGCGGUGAUGUCAGUAUUCACCACCUUGAGGAGCCUUGAAUUCAAGACCUUAGAAAACAUUCGUAUUUAUUGCAUAAGUCAUAGAACUAUUUUAUUAAAAUAAAAUAAGCUCUGUCUCUGCUAGCAGAUCAUAGGAGACCGAAGGGCAUUUACUCAAAAGACACUAAAGAUGUCUUAAGUGCAGCCUCUGCUGCAGAUUGACUUGUCGCACAAUCAAAAACAAUGAGACACCAGAGAGACAGUCUCUCCAGUUAAGAAGUAUUAUGAGAAACUAGUUUGAUUUACUAUUUCAUUUUCUGUUUUUGUUCUUUUUGUUACUGUAGUUUUGUCUUUUAGUAUUUAAAAUUUUAAGUUGCAUAUAUACAGUCAUGGUCAAAAGUUUGCAAACACCUUGUUUUUUUAUUAAUAAUAAUUCAAGCAAAAACAUGCAUACAACUGUCAAUUUCUUAUAUUGUUUAAUAAAAAUAAGUAUAUUCAAACAAUAGUACAGGAUUUACGUAUACAAAAUUAUUUAUUUACUUAAGCAAAGAUGGUUUACACUAAUUCACCAACUUAAAAUAUUUGCUAAUGGAGUGAAUGUGCUUUAUGUGAUGUUUAAACUACACAACUGAUAUACAGCAGACCAAAAUCAUUAAUGUGUGAAUGUCAUUAUAUUAGAUGAGAGAGUUCAUCAAAUUAACUAUAAGCAUGUUCCACUAACAACAAACACUCUUUAGAUCUAUUGUUUUAUCAUUUCACUUAUUUUUGUCAAUUGAUAUGCUUGAUAAGUGUACUAAUGUCUUUCAUUCAAAUAAAUGCUGCUUGGUUUGUGAUGAUUUUGUCAUCUCAUGCAGUGACAUUCAGACAUUUUUAAGGAUGAUUAAAAAUGUCCAAAUACUUUUUGGGCUACAUUUUUUUGGUUUAUAUUUUUAUUUCUGUAAAGAUAAAGAAUUAAGUGACUAAUUGUUUCAUAAUUUAAAAAAGGCUUAUGUCAGUGGCAUAGAAAUACUAACAGCAAUAUUGCUUAAAAAUGACAUUUUUCAGGUGUUCACAACCUUUUGACCAUGACAGAAGAAUGUAAUAUUUCAUAUAUUGGCAAACCCAGAUUCAAAAAGGCUCUUUUUCACCACAACCUUCAGCUCGUCAGCUUGAUUGAACAGCUUUUAAAAAGUUUUUCUCUAAAAAAAAGAAAAGAAAAAAAAACAAGAAAUACAAUAUAGCACGCAAAUCUGAGGACAGACAGCUGAGAAAUCUUGCCCUAAGUUAAGCUAAAAUAGAUUUAUUGCUCCUUUUGAAAGUAUUAUCAUCUCAAAGAACAUUUGUAGUGCCUCAGACUAGCUGUCUUGUUCUUUGCUAUAUAACAGUUAUAGAUAGUGUUAGUGCUGAACUUUAUGCAUUUCAGAUUGCUCGCUUUAUCAAACGUAUGGGAUUUUCGGCCACAUACAGACUGUAAAGUUUCAGGAGUGACAACCGCAUUUUAAAUUCGGGAACGAGUUCCCUUAAAUUCUCAUUCUGCGUGUGUACUGAACACGACUCGCUCCCGAAAUUGCAAUGUUUGACACCAUGGUAACCAUAGCAAUGUUCUGGCGUCAUACAUUUCCUGUCAGAUGUAAUAGACAUUUAGAAAAUGUCUUUAAGAUGUUUAUUAUUUAGAAUGUAUGUAAAGCUACCUUUUUAAAGAUGUUUUUACACAACAGAUGUUUUCCAAAUUAAGCACUCUUUAACAGACAUCUUGGACAUGUACAUGUGUGAGCUGUAUUUUGACUGUAAUGUUACAAUAUUACAAUAAUGAUGUUCUGCAAUUUUAACCAAAUAACUGUCCACAGAGACCUUGUGUUUUGUUUAUGCUCAGAAAUCUACUUCUCCACUGAUUAUGAGCGGUUUUGGGCUUGUUGUUUGGGCUUGGCUCAUAAAACGAUCAAAUUUAUGACGUUAUUAAAUGUGUUUGUCAUUACCUGAAUUUUCGGGGAGUAAUACAGUUCAACAGUGCUCGUCCACUUUUCCAGCGGCGCUGGUUCCGGAAGUAUUUUUUUCAUUAAUUUUUCCCAAAGGGAUUUUUUAGCCAAGCAGCUACGAAAUGAAUAAUAACAUUACAAACUUUGAUUUGAAGCCAAAAAAAGUAUUUGAAAAUCAGACAAAAAAGGUACAACAAGAGUACAAAAAAGGUACAACAAGACUGGGUCCCACUUUAUACUAAAGGGAUAGUUCACCCAAAAAUGAAAAUUAUGUCAUCAUUUACUCACCCUCAAGUUGUUCCAAACCUGUAAAAAUUUCUUUGUUCUGUUGAACACAAAGGAAGAUAUUCUGAAGAAAGUUUGUAAUCAGGCCGCUUUGGGGCACCAUUGACUUCCAUAGUAGGAAAAAAAAAAUACUAUGGAAGUCAGUGGUGCCCCAGAACUGUUCAGUUUCCCACAUUCUUUAAAACAUCUUUCUUUGUGUUCAACAUAACAAAAAAAUGUGUACAAGUUUGGAACAACCUGAGGGUGAGUAAAUAAUGACAGAAUUUUCAUUUUUGGGUGAACUAUCCCUUUAAGUGGCCUUAACUACUAUGUACUUACAUUUAAAUUAAUCAUUUGAUACAGUGCACUUAUUGUGUACAUACAUGUUUUUACAUUCUACUUAUAUUUUAAAAACACCUGCAUGUAAUUACAUCUGUAAUUAAUUUCUGUAAUUACAUUUAUAAUUACACUGUUGACCCAUCCCUUACACCUUUCCCCUACCCUUAACCCUACCCAUACCACCAAAGCUUUCCCUAACCUUACCCGUAUCCCACCUCAAUAGCAGCAAAAGUGUUUUGCAAUUCAAUAUGAACCCAAUAAGUACAUUGUACUUAUUUUUUGAUGUAAGUACAUAGUAGUUAAGGCCACCUAAUAUAAAGUGGGACCCAAGACUGUACUUAAAGGAAUAGUUCACCCAAAAAUAAAAAAUCUGUCAUCAUUUAUUCACCCUCAAGUUGUUCUAAACCUGUAUGAGUUUCUGUCUUCUGUUGAACACGAAAGAAGAUAUUUUGAAGAAUGUUUACCAGACCGUUUUUGGUCCCCAUUGACUUCCAUAGUAUUUUUAUAUAUAAAUAUAUGUGUAUUAUGGGAGUCAAUGGGCACCAGGAACUGUUUGGUUACCCACAUUCUUCAAAGUAUGUUUUUUUGUGUGUGUUCAACAAAAGAAAGAAACUCAUACAGGUUUAGACAACCCAAUCUCAAGGCAAUUUUAUGAGGUGGCUAAUUCGUACAAACUCACUCGUACGAAUUCAUACGUUUUAUGCUAAUUUGUCUAAACCCUGUCAUUGGGGUUUAGACAAAUCGUAUGAAUUCAUUCAAGUGAGGUCGUACGAAUUCAUACGAAUUAGCCACCUCGUAAAAUACAUACGAAUUGGUCGUGAGAUAGCGUUGGUUUAGAACAACUUGAGGGUAAGUAAAUGACUUUUGGGUGAACUAUAUAUAUAUUUACAUAUUUUGAGAGCAUAGGGAGAUUGACUCAGUUAUGUCAUUUGUAGUGCUUCAUGGCUUCAUAGGAGUGGGCAGAACUAAAGAGCUCUUUUGGCGCAUUUUGCUUUUUCCGAUUUUUGCUUUUUUCGCCUUUGGUGCGAUUUUCUGUACAGCAUCAUGGGUAGUAUAGUUUUUCACUACAAUUUCUGCUGUUAAACACAAUUAUUUUAAAACGGAAUUGACAUAAUGUGGGCUAACGGCUUCAACAGAAGCAAAUACUACAACCUUGUCGCUCACAGUAAGGCUGUCUUUAAAGUUUUAUAAGUUAUCGUUAAUAAUCAAUUUCCCUAUCAUGGACCCGACUGUUUCACUUUAUUCGGUUCUAAAAUGCAGUUACUCCCGUAAAUUACUGUGUACAGAACAGGAUUAAGCACUAAAAGGUGAAUUAACAACCGAAUUUAGCUGCAGUGUGUAUGUGGUUCAUUGUGCUGUUGUAUUUCAAUCUGUGAGGCUAAACCAGAUCUCUUUCCAGAUUCCUCUCACAUUUCAAACCAUGACUUAGUCAUCAGAGCGGUUCCAUCAGAUACCACAUUUGGGGAAACUGAAGUGGGCAUUAUUAACCACAAAACAUUGCGGCCAGCCGAGAUCUAUCAUGAAAGUUUCCUCUCACUCAUCAGUCUGGUUAAUGUUCACACCGCAACUAAAUGUGGAUCAAAUCUGAAGAAAAAAAGGAAUCUGAUGUUUUCAGUUCUGAUAUCUAAACAGAAAUAUUACGUUAUGUUAAUAUAUAUUGAUGUCUCAAACAGUGUCAUUAGAAGCUUAGAUUUACAACCAGAAGUCUAAUGACAAAAUAUAUUAAAUGAUAUUAUGAAAUUUGCAAAUGUUAUUAUGAACAUGCCAGAGUAGGUCAUGAGUGUCUGAUAUUUAAAAAGCCAAAAAAUCAUUUCCUCACUUAGUAUUUUAGUCUUGUUUUCCAUUACAAAUAUCUAAAAAUCCUUAAAUCAAGAUACAUGAUACAAGACAUAAGAUAUUAAGCACUGUUUUUUAAGAAAAAAGGGAUCAAAAUUAAGUGAUUUUAUAUUCAAAACAAGAAAAAAUAUUUGUCAAUGGGGUAAGAAAAAUAAUCUUGUUUUUACCUUUGAAUUAAGUUUAUUUUUCUGGCCCCAAUGGCAGAUAGUUUUCUUGUUUAAACAUAAACUCACCUAAUUUUGAUACAUUGCCCCGGUUUCACAGACAAGGCUUAAGCUAGUCCUGGACUAAAAUGCAUGUUUGAGCUUUUUUAACUGAAAGCAACUUGUACUGACACAUCUUAAAAUGUCAGUGCCAUUGUUUUGUCUCAAGAUGCACACCAGUAAUGUUUUUUUGUCGGGUAUGUUUAUAAAUGCUACUUAAAUAUCCUAAUUGAACUAAGACCUAAUCCUGGCUUAGUCUAAACCCUGUCUGUGAAACCAGGCCAAUAUCUUAAAGUGUAACUUCACGAUUUUCAACCUGCUUUGUAUUGUUACAAUGUCGGUAGUAUAUGUAAAUUAACAAUGUUUACUCGUUCUCUGUGUUACCUUGAGAGAGAAAUUCACAUUUGUUAGUUAAAACUUUGACAACUCCAGGGCUUUCGUGAAAACCAAAAGUAACUCACUCCUGAUAAAUGUUUACUUCUUGAAUUCUUGCUUUUAAGUCGACAACAUUGUGGCUAAUAGUUUGCUAAGAAGUAUUUCAACUAAAGCAAAGCGGUAUUUGACUCUGGUUAGCAUAUCUAUAGCAGACUGGUGAGAGUGGCCUUGGACGGCAACAUUUUCCUACCUAUUUGGCAAAAGACAACAGCCUGUUUUCUCUGUUUUCUCAAGUCAGGUAAUCACCUUUCUACUGUAUAAGCAGCCCUUAUAAGUAUCCCUUUAAGUCAUUCUGCUUCCCAAGUAAAUUUCUUAAUUCAAGAAUGUUUAGAUAUUUGUACUGGAAAACAUCAGUCAUGUUGCGGUGUGGUGUGAACGAAACCUCCAUAUCAAGACCUUACUCUUACAGAGAAACAAGAAGCUACAAGAGCUGUUGCAUUUAAAGCUGAAUGAGUCAAAGACCUUGAUUGUGAAAUGCAUGUCCUCAUUGGAAUUUUCAUCACAAUUUCCUGAGGUAAUUGGAAAAAAUAUUAUGGAAUAUUACUCAGUUUUUUAUCAUUUCAUUCUUCCAUUGUAUUUAUUUAAUUCGUUUCAUUUGUAAUUUAGAAGAAGUAGUGACAGGCAAGGCUACUCAAGGGUAUAGCAUCACAGUUUUGUUACUGACAUUUACAUGCACAUUUUAUAUAAAGUGGAUUUUUUUUACAAUAUACAUGUGUUUGUUUGCAAUCAUUUCUUGAAUACAUCAUAGUUAGAGCUAGAGACAUAAACUGCUGUUACACCUUACAUUGCAGUUUGCAAAGAUGAACUAGAAUGACAAGGUAAGGGGAAAACUUAGCUCUGUAUUGUUGUUGCUUUUAUUUAUUAUCAUUCAAAUAAUAAUGUUGUUUUUUCUUGAUAUUUAUACUUUUGAAAUAAAGAACUUUACUGCAGUA